AUGUUUUAUGCGGCAAAUCCACGGGAAUUCUUUUAUCGUGUUUGGAUUUUGUCAAUUUAUGCAUUGGGUAUCUCAUUGAUUUUUCGGAGUCCGCAAAAUAAAAGUGCAAAUUAUGUUUCCCAUUAUCGCCUGAAUAACACCUCCGGAGGAUAUAUUCAUGCUGCUGCCGCUGCUGCCGCUGCUGCCGCUGCUGCUGCUACUGCUGCUGCCGCUGCAGCUGUUCUUGCUGCUGUUGCUGCCGCUGCUGCUGCGGCUGGUGCUGCUGCUGCUGCUGCUGCUGCUGUUGCUGCUACUCUUGCUGCUGCCGCUGCUGCUGCUGCUGCUACUGCUGCUGCCGCUGCAGCUGUUCUUGCUGCUGUUGCUGCUGCUGCUGUUGCUGCCGCUGCUGCUGCCGCUGGUGCUGCUGCUGCUGCUGCUGCU